UCUUGCCAAUGAAUCUUUAACAAUGGCUGACAAGAGUGACACUGGCAUUAGUGACUCAUAUUGUUGAAAUUGGAUUGUUUAACUUGAUGAAAGACUGUGAUUUUCGGAUGCAAAUGCUUUACAUGUACCUUUAAAUUCAAAAAUGGCUGACAAAUGCGAUACGAGCAUCAAUGACUCAGAACAUGCAUCGACUAAAGAAAACUUGAUUGAUAAGACAUCUGAAGGAGACGAAAUAUCCAUCGCAGAAACGGACCCGGAAGUAGAUGACAGCCACACCUCAAGCUCCGCUCUCGAUGACACUUUCAAAAUCGUCGCCGCCAUAGAUUUUGGGACUACUUUCAGCGGGUACGCGUAUUCGUUCUCUGACGACAAUGAAAAAAUCUACACGAACAAGAACUGGGGCCAGACCCAGGGUUUCUUACUGCACAAGACACCCACGUGCCUGCUCCUCAGGCCGGAUGGGGAAUUCGAGGCGUUUGGAUUUGAGGCCGUAUCCAGGUUUAAUGACCUGAGCGAGGAGGAGGCCGAGGACUAUUACUACUUUGACCGAUUUAAGAUGAAACUGUUUGACAACAAGGACCUCCACACGGACAUCCUACUGGAGGAGGUGCGCGGGAAGCAGCAGCCGGCCGUGCACGUGUUCGCCCUCUCCCUCCGCUACAUGCGGGAGCACUUGCUGCGCGCCAUGAAGACCAACCUCCAGCUUGAACCGGAGUCGGCUGCCAUCCGCUGGGUGCUCACCGUCCCCGCCAUCUGGGACGAGAACUCUAAGCAGUUUAUGCGGGAAGCCGCUCACAGGGGAGGCCUUAUAGACAGCCUCUAUAGUAACCAGCUAGUAAUCGCCCUGGAACCGGAAGCAGCCUCGCUGUACUGUCGCACACUUCCGGUCGGCACGUUCGGGGAGGGGAGUUCCCGUCCAUGUUUUGAGCCGGGAACCAAGUACAUCGUCGUUGAUGCUGGAGGUGGUACAAUCGACAUCGUGGCACACAAGGUGCGGAAGGACGGGCGGAUGCGGGAGCUCUUCCGGGCGACCGGUGGCGCGUGGGGAGGAACCGUCAUCGACACGCAGUUCCUUAACCUCCUAAAUAAGAUAUUCGGAGAGGAUUACAUGAAUGCCUUCCGGAAUGACUACCCGAAGGAUUUUGUUGAACUGCUCCAAGAUUUUGAGAUCAAGAAACGGGGAGAGUGUGAAGGAAUGAGGGUGUCGCUGCCUUAUAACUUUUGCAAUUAUAAACAUUAUGGAAGGAAUGUUCAAGAAUGCAUUAAAUCCUUUGCUGCCAAAGCAGAAGCGGAGAUUAAAUUUUCUUCUGGCAAAUUUAUUAUGUCAGCAGAAGUCGUGAACGAGCUUUUCCAAGAUUCGCUCGUUCAAAUUAAUGAACACGUUGCCACUUUGCUCCAGAAAUCCAAACUGAAAGACGUUCGGUACAUAUUCCUGGUCGGAGGUUUCGCGGAAUCCGGCCGCCUUCAACGAUCAAUAAAGGACGAAUUCAGCAGCGAACUUAUAAGUGUCCUUAUCCCGGAAGAAGCAAGCCUGGCGGUCGUGCGCGGCGCGGUGGCCUUUGGACGCGAUCCGAGCUCAAUCUGCCAAAGAAUCUGCAGGUAUACGUACGGGGUAGGAUCCUACCUCCCCUUUGAAGAGGGCGUUCACCGAUCGGAUCUGAGGGUCGAGUCUGACGGUAUGGUGCUGUGUAAAAGUAUUCUCCAAGUAUGGGCGGAAGCAGGCGAAGUCAUAGGUCACAAUGAAAUCUGGAAAGAGACGUACACGCCAAUCAUUACAAACCAAAAGGGCAUAAUUUUCGAGUUCUAUAAAUCUUCCCGUCGGAAGGUGCGAUAUACAGACGAAGAUGGCGUGGUGAAGUGUGGCUGUCUCGUUGUGGAGAUGCCAGAUAUGACGGGCGACAAAGCACGCUCCGUCGACCUCGAGGUCAUCUUCGGCGGCACGGAGAUCCGCGUGGUCGGGUACGAUCACACGAGUAAUACGACGCGGGAAACCUACAUUGACUUCCUCACGUCGUAAUAACCGCACAGAGUGUCUCAACGUUAUUGACCUCUUCAUUUUUAUAAUGAUCCAGUCAUUCAUAGUUCCGAUGAUUGUGAUAUGUGAGACAUAUAUAAAUAUCUAAGAAAUAAAGAGUAACGUGGGUCAAUAUAGCAUUCACUAAAUUUAAGGCGCAUUCCGUUUUGUAUUACUUUAAAAAAAAUAUAAAUGAUGCCGAGUAUUCAUUGCAUGCGUUUAUUUGCAAGAACACGUUAACAUUUGUAAAUAUAUUUAUCGCGCUAGUUCAGUGUCAGUAACCUUGUUUUCAAGUUGUAUCAUUUAUUUUCCAAAUUGAUUUCAUUCUUGUGUGUAAAAUGUGUGUUUAUUGAUUACCUCAUAUCCUCAAUGUGAUUCUGCGAUUUUUGUUUUGUUGGAAUUCAUUUAUGAAGUUGUUUUAUUUUACCUCAAAUGUUGUAAUCAUUCUUUACUGUUCAAAGUAAAUUGUACCUUUUUAAAAUAUUGCUGUGCUAAAGCCAUGUAUGUGAAUAUAAUGUAAACGU